AUGACGUCCGUAUUAGAUCAACUUUUGGAGAUGGGAUUUCCCAAGGAGAAAGCCGAGGCAGCGGUUUCUGUUGCUAACGGCUCACUUGAAUCGGUAGUAUUUAUCCUUGGAAAUAGCCAUCAACAUCUCACUUAGGCUAUCGAUUGGAUCAUGAACAGUGGAAACGGCUCCGAGAGCACAACUAACGAAGAAAAGCCGGAAACGGCCAACAGCUUCAAAUGUAACGAGUUAGUUUGAGAAAGGUUGCUCUACUCAAAAUUAUCUCAAACUUCAGUUGCGACAAACUUUUCCGAGAUGAGAAUGCCAUGAUGUUCCACGCUACCAAAUCCGGUCACGAAAACUUCUCGGAGAGCAGUGAGGUAUAAAUAUGAUAAUAGAGUUUGAAGAAUGGUUUUCUCUUGAUAUAGUAACGAGAAAGUUUUGAAUAGAAUUCGAAACCCAGAAGAUGUGAAAUGUUUUUCAGGAAAUCAAGCCAUUGACCGCCGAAGAGAGAGAGGCGAAGGCGAAAGAUCUUCGCGAAAGGAUCAAGGCUCAUCGUGCGAAAAAAGAUGAGCAGGAGAAAGAGGAAGCUUUGGAUCGCGAGAAGCGUCGGAGAGAAGAAGGAAAGCUCAUGCUUGAACGUCGAGAGCAGCAGAAGAACGACGAGCUCAGGUUUUUUCAGGUUAUCAUGUUUUUAUCUGAUAAUGCUACAGGGCGAUCGCUGAAGAGAGGAAGCGUCAGAAGUUGGAGGACCAAGAAGCCAAGAAACGCGUCCUCGAGCAGAUUCGUCUCGACAAGGUUGGAAAUAAUGACAUCGGGAACAUCGUUUGGGAUUUUCAGGAAGCUAGAAAGAACCGCGAGCUUGGCAUCACUCCGCCAGAGCCGGCAGCUUCUUCGGUUUCGGUGGCUCCUCCGCCGGUUCGAGACUACAAUAGUACCACUCUUCAGGUCGUGGCUACACAUUUGAAUUCAAAUUUGUGAAUCUUUAAUAUAUUUAUGAAACAUCACAACCAAGUUUUUCUCAUGAAGCGUCUUUAUUAUUUUCUCCCGGAGUUCUAACGAGGAAGGUCGUUUUUUUGCCAUCGGGAAUUUCCUGAAAUCAGGCCAAAAAACUUCUUUAGGUACCAGAAGACGAUUCUGAAAGUCUCAAUCCGCAAAACCUUUUCAGUUUUUAAAAAAUAAGGGCUCAAAGACCAAAAUGGCCUGUUUUAAGGGAUUUUGAGAGCUUUCUUAAACUUUGAGGUGUCCUUUUUCAAAAAAAUAGGAAGUUGUGCAGAUUGAGACGUUCAGAAUCUUUACCUGGUACAUCCAGGAAUUGUCUACUCAUUUUUCUGGAAAUUCCGACCGAACAGUCAAACGACCUUCCUUGUAAAGAUUCAUCGGACUUUGUGAGUCACUAAAAUAUUAUCCAACUCAUUUUUAAGGUUUUUCAUAACCUCUUGCGAUUUUUUUUCUAUUGGCCAUCUCAUAUACUAGUUCUGCGGUCGAAGUUGCUAAAACCACACCGAAAAAACCUUUUUUUCUCUUAUUAAUGCUCCCAAUCAAGGGGGUUUGAUUUUAUUCGCUAUUAAAUCGAUUUUUUUGCUCCAUAGAAAUGUUCUUUUUAAGACGAAAAAGGCUCAUUUUUUUGUUGUCUUUUUGAGCCAUUUCAUCGGCCCUUUUGCACCAUUUUUGCUGCCUCUCCCUUUUUCCACCAAUUCUUGGUUCUUUAAAAUCCUGGAAAAAAUGGAAGGCAUGAAAUAAGACUCUUUUUAUUGUUUUUGCUUCAGUUUUUCACGCUUUGAUAUGUGGGAUUUCGAAUUUAUUUCACAUGGUUUUGAUAAGUUAUAAGACUAGUGAGACAAGAAUGUACACAAAAUCUUCAAAAAAAUAUAUAUAAUUCGUGCCAUUAGUGACAUUUGAUCUUUCAAAACCUGUUUCGGUUGCUGUUAAAUAUGAAGAAAUUGAAAUCCGCAGAGUUAGAGCCUUUUAAAAACCAGAUAGCACAUGAAACAUUUAGAAAAUCUGGACUUGAAAUGUUUUCAGAUUCGACUUGCAAACGGACAAUCUGUGAAACAAACAUUCAAAGCCGAAGAACCGGUAAGGUUUCCUGGCGUUUUAGAAGAAGGAAGAGUUUUUUAAAGCUGGCCGCCGUACGGGUCUGGGUGCAGACGAAUCACACGGACGGCAGCGACUUCGCCCUGAUGACGCCGUUUCCGAGGAAGGUCUUCACCGAGAACGACCUCUCCCAGACGCUCAAAAGCCUCGGUCAGUCAGCCAACCAACUGUUAGCCGUGCUUUCUCUUGUAGAGAUCCAUAUCACAUUGUUCUAACCUUCUGGCAAAAAAUAGGAUAAAAAAACGUUGAGUGGUAAAAGUAGUGCGUACGUAGGUAUAGAGAAAAAGCAAUAACGACGGGUUUUUGAGAUGAUUCGAAAAAAGUAUGCUGUUUUGAAACCGGUUUUUAGAAGGUAUCAUGUCAGAAAAGCUUUGUUCAAUUUUGCAUCUUUUGAAAUUUUUAAUUUUUUUCAUUAUUCAACAUUUUUUUGACCGAUACAUAAGUUAAUUUUUGAGAAUAUGUUAUAUUUUUUUGAUAGCCUUAAUCACUGAAAUGUUAUAUUUAAAGAAAAAGUAGUUGAAAAUUUCCUGUCCCUGCUUUAUUACAAAAUAAUGAAAAAAAUCGUAAAAAGUUUAUUUGAGGAAAUCGUACUCGAAAAAAAUAGAAUAGAAUUUUUAGUUCAGUUUUUUUCAUUACCAGUUUUAGGAUCGCCAAAAAAAAAAAUGUAAAAAGGACCCCCGUUUUCAAAUUUGCGAGUCGAAUCUGAUUUUUCACGUAUACUAAGUUAACACUAAACUGGUUUUGUCGUUGCCCAAAGCGAAAAAAAGUAAUUUUUUCCCAAAUGGUCGCAUUUUUGGUUUUUAUCGCCUUUUUAUUUGUUCGGAGAAGGCACGGGAAUAAUUAGAAGCAUUUGAUAUAUUGCUGGAGGCAGCUUAUCUUACCGACGGCUUGUGUUAUUGCAGAUCUCGUUCCGUCGGCGAGUCUUGUCGUCACGCGUCCGCAAUAA